UUUCCAGCAGCAGCAACACCCCGCCCCCCUCCUCGCGCUUUCAUUCCUCAGACAAGUUCCGAGGAGGAGCGAAGCACGAACACUUCUGAACCGACCUCCACAGAAUGCAACGCAGAACACCUCACUUCUAAUCAGGGCUUUUAUUGUUUGUUUUUUACGCACACGACAAGGUUUUACUUUCUCCUCCUCACUUCUUUUAACUUGAGGGUGACACUUUUACGCGCAGCGCGGGCGGAGAGAAGUCCUCAUUGGGAGUUUGUUGGAGGCUGAAACACGGAACCAUGGAUCUCGUGGUGCUGGUGGCGUUCAGCUCCUGGUUGGCUCCUGCACUCGCCUCGGCAGCAGUUGGCGACAUAGAUUACGACAGCGCUUUUAAUUACGAUUAUGAAUCUCUGAGAAUCGGUGGCCUGGUUUUCGCAGUGGUCCUGUUCCUCCUGGGUAUCGCCCUCAUUGUCAGCCGGAAAUGUACCUGUUCGAAAGGAGAAAAGUCACGAUCCAAGGGUCCUGAUGCGGAAUCGGGUGUUCCAAGAGCUUAGACACAGAGGCGAGGAGCAGUGGAGAUCUGUAUUACUCACUAGUGCCAGUAGGUGGCAGCAAACACCACAACCAAAGCCGAAGACAAUCUUUCCAAGAUUGCAUGAAGCUUUUAUUUUCACGAUGAUGCUCCUAUUUUUGCCAUUUACAUGUUUUGUAUCAGUAGAUUGUAUUUGAUUAUGUACCUACUUCAUUUUAUGUUGGCAAUAGAGUGAUUUCCAUUUGUAUUUUUUAGUGUUUUCCAAACUGAAGCAAUAAUAAUAAAGCAAAUGUUGGAAAAGG